AUGCAUCUGUCUCUCGAGGCCAUUACACGCCUCUUCCCAUUUUACCUCACUAGAAACAAAAAUUACUGGAAGAAUCAAAAUGUUGAGUCCGAAAGCUUGUCUCUCGUGUUUGGUCCAAUUCAACGAAUGCGUAAGCCGAUCUGCUUGAUUGAUCAAGAACGAUGUCAGAAGAUGGGACGAGUAUGCGGUAUUUACGAAGGAGGGAAGCCAACGCUGAUGGUGGCGGAUCCAGACCUGCUGAAGCAGGUUCUGGUCAAGGAAUUUCCAUCACUGCCAAAUAGACGGGAUCACCAAAUUGAAGAUCCGUUUCUCACUAACAUAAUGACGCUUGCACCUGUUGAACGCUGGAGGAAAAUACGCCAGCUUUCUACGCCUGCAUUUUCAACUGCAAAGCUGAAAAAGAUGAACGACCUAAUUCAAGACUGCGCAAGAGUUAGUGCUAAGCACCUCGCAAACGCAGCAGAAGAAGAAAAGGAACUAGACGUCAAACAGUUUUACGGACACUUCGCCCUGGACAUGAUUGCGAGAUGUGCGUUCGGCACGACGCUCGACUCCUACACGGACGCCACGAACGAGUUUGUUACGCAAGCGAGGAUAGCCUUCGCCGCCAACAUCACUCCACUGCACAUGAUCAAUGUGCUGCUAGCCAACUUUUUCAAGAGUAGAAAACCGAAAACUUUCAACGAAGGGGCUUUCCUCUACUUCAAGAGCAUCUGCCAACGCAUCAUGAAACAAAGAGCAGAAACAAAUGAGAGAAAAGAAGACUUCCUCCAACUAAUGAUUGAAGCACGCGAGGGCCGCCUAUCCCAAUGCGGCGACUGCACAGAUGAACCGGGGAACGGCUUGAAUGACGAUGGUGCAGAAACCAUGUUGAAGGGCACGACGAACGACAAAGCGAUGUACAAGAAUCAGUUCGAAUAUCUGCCAGGUCUUGCGGCCUCCACGGCAGCCCCGUCCAGGAAGCGCGCAGGCUCUUACUGCGACAGGGAGGACAAUGAUGUCUACUCACUGAGAGUGACAGCUUUGACCGAGGACGAAGCCCUGGCCCAGUGCGUGCUGUUCUUCGUGGGCGGCCAGGAGACCACCGCGUCGAUGGUGGCAUUCGCUGCGCACCUGCUCGCCGUGCACCCCGAGGUGCAGGACAAACUGAGGCGGGAAGUGGACGCAUGCAUUGCGGCGAACGGAAGUGAGCCCAGCAUGGACGCGGUGGCGAAGCUCAAGUACCUACAUUGCGUCGUCUCCGAGACGCUGCGACUCUACCCAACAGCCCCAAGGCUUGAGCGGUCGGCGGUCGAAGACUGCGUGCUCGGCGAAACGGGAAUCAAGAUUCGCAAGGGCGGAAUGGUCACCGUGCCUCUCUACGCGCUGCAUCGAGACCCAGAAUUCUUCCCAGAGCCGGACACUUUCAAGCCCGAGAGGUUCAGCGAAGAAAACGUAGCCUCCAUCAUGCCUUACACGUACCUUCCUUUCGGAGCUGGACCCAGAAACUGUAUCGGGAUGCGACUCGGGCUCCACGCGAUCAAGGUCGCCUUGCUGCACUCCGUUCACAAAGUGCGGUUUGUUCGGGCGGAAAAAACACAGGUCCCACUGAAAAUGGCAACCGUGUUCGGAGCCGUCACUGCCGAAGAUAUGACAUGUAGCAAUUCGAAAGAGGAUGCCAUCAAUUGCAUAGUGACGAGAAAGCGAAAAAUCGGGCAGCCAUGAUGUCAGAAAAGAUCUGUGUCCCAUUCUAUUUUCUGUGUGCUCGAAGACCACUAAAACUAUGUUAUCACACUUUCUAUUUUGCCGGUACAGAUGCGCGGGGCUUGUACGACACACUUGUUCCUUUAAAAGAGAAAGUGUGUGCACAUGCGCUUUCCCGAAUUUGAAUGAAAAGUUUAUUGAAACUUCCAAUGGUAUUCUUUGCAUAGAAAUACACAUGAUCAUUUGUGUAGAUUACCUUUAGUAACCAAAAGAGUUAUUAUUCCGAAAUUGCACCGCGGCACUUGUAGAAUACCGAAGGAGGAGCGAGGCGUUCAAAGCCACAAACACUAAAAAUGUCGAAGUAGUCAAUAAGCGCCAAUAUGGUAUAGUUCUCCCUUGGUCAGCCAACUGUACCCAGUGCAGGCAGCAGUUGUUCCUGCAUUUAUUUGCCUGGUGCACUUCAGGUGCAACAAGCACCUUCACAAUAAAAUACUCUAUACAUGAAAAUUGAAAAUAAACGCGGUCGCCGCAUGCUUGACCAAACCGCUGUACGACUUACGCUUGCUUGCCUGUUUUCACGCAGGCGUCUACAAUGCACGCACUUCUGGUAAGCUUUUCUGCUUCUAGAUCGCCCUUACUAUGGCUACGCCCUGCCAGCAGAACCAUAUUUCACAUGCUUCAUCUUUUUCGUCGCAUCGACUGGCGAAGUGACAGAGCCUGAACUCGUAUCACGUCCUGCUUCUAGUUCACUGCCGCUUACUAAUAAGCGAACGGAAUAAGCACUGCAGAAAGGCGACGACGUCGAUAAGCGAAUGCCGUGCAAAUGAAUCUUUUCGGUGCCGAGACACGCCAGCGGGAAGAGGAACGCGUUCACGCGUUCGCGCCUCAAGCUAGAAACCCUGCCUCUUAGUUUCCAGAAGUGCUCUGCUGUGGUGUAAGAAUGACCACAGGCGUACUAGUUACCGUAAUACAAAGGCACUGUUUCUGCCCUUAAAUGAUCACGCUUGAAAAGAGUGAAUAAAGAGUACCAGUGUUUAUUA